AGGCUCCUCGCCCUCAGCUUCUGCCUGUCGCCCCAAGAUGGCGGACACAAUGAACCGGUGCCGCGCCGGUUGGCCCUGAGGCAACCGUGAGGAGGACCGAUCUGCGAGACCCCAUAGUCCCGGCAGAAGAGUGUUGCACAAGCAGGAGGAGGAAGAGGAGGAGGCGGCCCGACUGUCGGCCGCUCUCCAGCCCGCCGCCGGCGCGGCGCGGCGCCCGCCCCGCCCGGGUCGGCCCCUCGGCAGCCCGCCCGUUCGCCGGGCUCCGCCCCGGCUCUGCGCCGCCGCCGCCUCCAGCAGCCGCCGCCAUGAAGCUGACCGACAGCGUGCUGCGGAGCUUCCGCGUCGCUAAGGUGUUCCGCGAGAACUCGGACAAGAUUAACUGCUUCGACUUCAGCCCCAACGGCGAGACGGUCAUCUCGAGCAGCGACGACGACUCCAUCGUGCUCUAUGACUGCCAGGAGGGCAAACCAAAGAGAACCCUGUACAGUAAGAAAUAUGGCGUGGACCUCAUCAGAUACACUCAUGCAGCAAACACAGUCGUUUACAGCUCUAACAAAAUAGACGAUACUAUCCGUUACCUGUCCUUGCAUGACAACAAAUACAUCAGAUACUUUCCUGGACAUAGCAAAAGGGUGGUGGCCUUGUCCAUGUCACCUGUGGAUGACACUUUCAUUUCUGGGUCUCUUGAUAAGACCAUUCGGCUCUGGGAUCUCCGGUCUCCUAACUGCCAGGGUCUCAUGCACUUACAGGGCAAGCCAGUUUGUUCUUUUGAUCCAGAAGGAUUAAUUUUUGCUGCAGGUGUCAAUUCUGAAAUGGUCAAACUUUAUGAUCUUCGCUCUUUUGAUAAGGGGCCAUUUGCGACGUUUAAGAUGCAGUAUGAUCGGACUUGUGAGUGGACAGGACUUAAAUUCAGCAAUGAUGGCAAACUCAUCCUCAUCUCCACCAAUGGCAGCUUCAUCCGUCUGAUCGAUGCAUUCAAGGGAGUGGUGAUGCAUACGUUUGGGGGUUAUGCCAACAGCAAAGCCGUCACACUGGAGGCCUCGUUUACUCCAGACUCGCAGUUUAUUAUGAUUGGUUCAGAGGAUGGCAAGAUCCAUGUCUGGAAUGGAGAGAGUGGUAUAAAAGUAGCUGUGUUGGAUGGCAAACACACAGGCCCCAUUACCUGUUUGCAGUUCAACCCCAAGUUCAUGACCUUUGCCAGUGCUUGUUCCAACAUGGCCUUCUGGUUGCCCACCAUUGAUGACUGACCUGCAUAGUGCUUGGCUGUUUUCUGUACAGCGAGGGUGGCCAGUAGGAAAAAACUCAGAGGGAACUAAGAUAAUAGUGAGAUUGGAUCAUUUGACUGGGCUGGAGAGCAUCCUUCCACUUGGCCUUCCCAAGGAUGUGCUGUACAUUUGCUCAAAAGAAAAAAAUUACUUUGCCAAGCUUCUUCAAAAGGACUCUUGGUGCGGCAGAUUCAAUCGGGACUCAGAUUUUCCAGCUGUCACUGCACCGAGCUCCUCCAGAGGAGUGACCAGACUCGUGACUAGGGUAUAGUGGGGCCCUCAAGACACCUUCAGUUUUGAAUGUAUUUGCUGCUGAGGAGUCGGUGAAGUUGUUAAUUCUGCACAUCCCUUCGCCCACCCCCAUAAAUGCGUGGAAGCCACAGUUCUGGUUUUGAGAUGCUAGGGCAGCUCAGUGCCCCUUGCCCUCACCCUGCAUGUCUUGUUACUGGUUCUCCCUGUGUCAUUGUGGCAUUAUCCACAACCAUCACGUUACUUAGGUGCCAAAUAUUUACAGAAAUAAGUCUCCAUAUAUCUUAGGGUCAGAAAGGGACAGAUACAGAAGGACCUUGCUUGCCAGGAAGCCUUGCAAGUUAGUCAUGUGAGGGUGGAUGAUCUGGGUGUGCCUCAGGCUCUGGGUGAGGGAGGAGGGGUAGCAGAUGAGUUCCUAGGGCUGGGAGGUUUAGCAGCAGCUUGGUGUGGUGCCCUGUCAUCAAAACAAACACACAGUCCUUCCGGGUGCCUGCCAAGUUUGGUUGUAUACAGAAGCAAGGUGGGCGUCUAUUUUUGUACAUGAGAUACAUCACGCUUUUCUGUGGGCCAGUAUUGUGGAGUGAGUCUGAGUUGUUUACACUGAUGCCUUCCCUGCCCACCACAAGUUGUGUACAUAGUCUCCAGAUGAUACCACCCCUUCCCCAGCUCCCAACCAGGAGCUGGCUCUAGGCUUGUGUUAUAUGUUAUAUUUAGCCUUUUUAUAUAUGACUUGAGAUUUCUGUUGUUUGUAUUUUAGCACAGUGUGUGUACACCUUCAUUUAAAUAUAUCGUGUGUUUGCAUACAUAUAUACAUAUAUGUAUGUAUGCAUAUAUA